GGGAUAUCGAGGGACACAGGACAACUCGGGGGGCGCAGGACACGAGGGGACAUGCAGGACGGGGGGGACAGAGGGACAGGGGGUCACGGGGUGACAUGGAGGGACACAGGACAACAGGUGGGGUGGGGGACACACGGGGACAUGGAGGGGACACGCGGGGCAUAGGGACACGAGGUGACAUCGAGGGACAGCACGGGGGGACACGGGUGACGUGACGGGACACAGGAGAACGCGGGGUGGCAGGGAGGGGACACAGGUGACAGGGAGGGGACGCAGGUGACAUCGAGGGGCACGGGGUGACAGGGAGGGGACACAGGUGACAUUGAGGGGCACGGGGUGACAGGGAGGGGACACAGGUGACAUCGAGGGACACCCAGGGCACGGGGACACCCGGGGACACUCAGGGUGGGGCCACCAGCAGGGAUGUCACCACACAGUGACCUGUCACAGCGUGCGGGCUGCUGGGGCUCCCUCGCUCAUCAGCACCCCCACCUGAAGGGGGUAAUUAACUAAUUAACAGCGCGGCUGCCGCCUAAUUGCUCGGGGGGGAGUGGGCGGGGUCUCUGCGACCCCAUAAGUGCCGCGGGGGGGCGGCCCCGCUGUUUGUGGGGUUCCCCUGGCGCUGAGAACUGCGGUGCUGCUUUGGGCCGUGUCCCCCCCCCCAGCCAUGUCCUUCACCGACAGCACCGACAGCGGCUCCGACAGACCCGUGUCCGUCCUUUGGGGGUGCGAGCUGAGCAGCGCCAGGAGCUCCUGCACCUUCCAAGUGACCGAGGACUGGCACUGCGAGCAGCAGCUGGUGCUGCGCACGGUGUGCCUGGGGGAGGCGGCCCGGGAUGAGUUCCACGUGCUGGAGGUGGUGGCCGAGGACGGCGACAGCCGCGCCCCGGUGCCGCUGGCCACGCUGAAACCCUCGGUGCUGCCCACGGCCUCGCUGGCCGGAGUGGAGCUGACCCCCCCGGUGACCUUCCGCCUGCGAGCCGGCUCCGGCCCCCUCUUCGUCAGCGGCCAGCACGUGUCCAUCAUGGACCUGACCUCGGAGGAGGAGGAGGAGGAAGAAGAGGAAGCAGCAGAGGAGGCCCCCAAGAAGCCCCCCAAGGGCUCAGGUGCCCAGAAGGGCAGCACUGCCAAGAAAAGGAAGCGGGAAAAGGAGGAGGAGCCGAACAGCCUCGCCCCCGCGGGUCCCCCCCCGGCCAAGGGACGCGGAGCCGGCCGGGGCAGGAAAGCAGCGGCCAAGAAAUGACGGGAAUUCCAUCCAGGUGCCAGGAGGCAGCAGCAGCAGCUGGUGGUGGUGGUGGUGUCAUUCCCAAAAUAAAGC